AUGAAAAGGCAGGCUACAACAUCAGAAGCAUCAUCUCGACCAUUGACAGACAAACGAGUAUCUAGGUCCACCUUUUAUGUCAGCGAUAAUGAUAUCUAUUCUGUAUCGGAUAGACUCGUUUUGUACAAACCUUCGGCCUAUAGCGAUACCAUUAUUCGUGGAGCUCCCUCUGAGGUGUUUAAAGUCGUUCCCAAUCUGCCUUUGGAUUUUGAGAUCAAUCAAGACGUUGGUGUAUUAGUGCGUACUAUAGAUGAAUAUAUGAAACAGCCAAGUCAAACCAUCCAAGAAGGAAAACUGAAGGACGGAAAGAAUUACUCUGUGUGUGUGUUUUUAGUUGUGAUGACAAAUCCAAACGUUGCAUCUACAAUCGUGAAUGAGCUCUCAGCGAAAUGUGUCUUCAGCUGCUUCACUCUGAUUCUGUGUAAUUCUUUUAUUGAAGCAGGACAGUACAUUGGCUGUUUUAAGGCUUAUGAGAAACGAGGAGGAGAAAUCAUUCAGAAGUAUGUGAAGAAUGAUCUCUUUUCCCAAGCUUCAAAUGUUCUCACCAGUAUUAAUGGGAUAAAUAAAGAUAACGUUGUUUCCCUCACGAGCCGAUUUAAAACGAUGUCUGAUAUUAUAACUGCAAAUAUUGACGAUCUUUCUGAACUCUCCGGAAUGGGAGACAAACGUGUUUUGAGUAUAUAUCGAGCGUUUCAACAAGAAGAACAAGAACAAGAAGACCCAGAUGAAAUUAGAUAA